CACACACCGGCUGUUUUGUAGAAACCCUAAGUUAGAUGGCGGCGGAGGCGGAGGCGGCGGCCUGCCAGAGUGUGCUUAGCAAUCUCUACCACACCAAGAGAAGAGAGCGAUGGCGGGUGGUGGCGAGGAUAAAGACGAGGCGAGGAUGCCUCGUGAGAUGGAGAUUGAAGGGGAAUCGAGUAAGACCAUGGAGCAGCAGUCUGGAGGUCCUUCUUGCGACCUCGAGAUCCUGAGGAGGGAGAUCACGUCCCUGAUGAUCUUGCUCACGGAUAAGCAAUCUGACGUCCUUUGUUGCGAUUCUGAGAUCCUGAAGAAGAUCACGUCCCUGAAGAGCGAGAUCACGUCCCUGAAGCUGGCGAGGAAGCGCAAAGGCCUGGUUCCGCCUCCUGAUGUCAGCCCCACAGUGCGCAGAAAAAUAUCUUCAGUGCGGAGGAUUGCAGAGGAGAAGGAGGACAUGGCGGAUCAGGAGAUGGUAGAUCUGUCCAAUUCCUCCGGCCACAAGGAUACGGACUCGAGGAAAAUCAAACCAACCUCCAGAUUCAAAUCCAACUUCGAGCAGGAAUGUGUGUCCUGCGGUGGUAGGCAUGACGCGCAGGAGCCCGUGGAAUGCCAAUUCGACUAUAUCUUGCAUGACACUGAGGCCACGAGCAACCAGCUGGCAUCUUUAGCUUCGAUUCUGAGGGAAAGCAGUAGUCCCAUAAUCUCGUUGGACAAGAUCAAAGAUUUGAUGGACACGACCUACUGUUUAUUUCGGGUUUCCAGUGGUAUAGCUGAGGAUUUCAUGAAAUCUGAGAACCUGAUGACUAAGGAGAUGGUGCUGCAGACUGACUCCAAAUUCAGAUUGGGGGCAAUGGAGGAGGAGAAAACGGAGGGGGAGGUGGAGGAUUUGAAGACGUCUGACUUGAAACGGGAGGAGACUUCGGACGAGGACGAGGAUGAGGUGGUGGAAAAGACCUUGGAGGAGAAGGAAUUUGAUGACAACUUAUACAAGGUCCUCGAGCAGGUGAAUAAGGAGACACUCUACUACAGAAUGCAAAUGGCCUCUCUCGAAGAGAAGGGAGAGAAUGAUGAUGACGAUGAUGAUGAUGAUGAGGAGGAGGAGGAGGAGGAGGAGGAGGAGGAGUUGAUGGAGAUAGAGUUCACAGAAUCAGACAAGGAGGAGAUGGAUAUGGAGGAGAGGAUGUUCGCUAGUCACCAGUCCGGCUGGGAAUCUACAUGGGGCUCCAAGACUGUAGCGCGUAAUUUCUUCAAAGACCAGACCAUAGUGAGUCCCAUGUACUUUACACAUUCCACUCCUGGACACGUCCCAUCGUACCCCACUGCUUUCACUGGGAGCACCUUGCAGAUCUACACAAUCAAAAUUCAAACAAAGGGGAAAUUGAGCUGGCCACUCUAUGUUUAUGGCGUUGUUGCUGCUCGAGACUCUGUGGAUCGCAACCGCAACAUUCUCUUCUGUCGGACAAGAUUUAACUGCCAAAAGCUCACUCAAGAGGAUCCCUUUUUACACUUGACUGGCCCUUCUCGUGCAAUUAUCAUGGAGGAUCCUGUUGGAUUUGAGUUUCAACUAAAACUAAAAGGCAGAGUAGAGUCUGAGGAUAGAGUAUUGAUGAAUCAGACCUACCAUUACCGCGGUGGUUAUCCUUGGGGUUUAUAUACUGCUAGCCUGGGCAACCGCUUUUGCACAGCAGAGUUAAACGUGGAGCAACUUAUUGACACAGUCCAGGCCACUAUCUUAGGUGUCUGCAUUGGUGAAGGGGACCCAUUAUCCCUUUUUAAAUAUGGAGGCCGAGUUUCUUGCUUCUCACCACCUCAGGAACUUAUGAAAGCUGACAUGCAUGCUACUGAUACUGCAUGUAGGCAAGUUGUGUUGCUUGAUUUUCAUGGUGUAAAAAUGCCUGUUGGAGCAGAUGGUUACCUUCAGCUGUCAAGGAAUGUUGUUUCUGUAGAUUUCCAGGAAAAGCCUGGUUGUUCUAGGGAAUGUGCAGAAAACUUGGAAGUUGUCAUACAAGCCUACUCAGAUUCUGGCAGUGUUGCUGCUGAAGGUCGUGUCAAGUUCAUGCCCAAAAAGUCCAACAUAAGUCAAGGUGCAUGUUACCUUGGAGAGACUAAGGUGGAGAUUGUUGUUGCUUGGUCUGCCCUGGUUAGUAGCAGGAUACACAUUGUGGAUCGAGACUGAGAUGUUUGAUGGCGCACGCCAGUGGAUGUUAAUUAUGGGACUGCGAUUCUCUUUGCCUACCUAUGCUAUUCUGUCUUCCUAGUAGGUAGAUAUAUGUGUAUGAGCUUCCUCUGAUGUACUGACUCAAAGUACCUAUAUCGCCAAACUAUUUGUGUCUUUAGCACUUUAAUUUAAUGUUAUUUGAAGUUUUCUUUUUUUAUUUUGA